AGAAACAACCAGAUGACCAAAACAACAAAUUGGCGGGACCUGUUAGUCACUUUUCUGUUGUUGCAAUUUUGCUCGUUUAGUAAUCAUAUUUUUGUUUAUUUAUUUUAUAACUUUUUGCUUGUGAUGUUUCUUCGAGACAGUUUGUUUGUUAAUCUACGUAUUGUUCCUUAUUCGACGUUAUUACUGAUAUUACUGUGCUCUUCUUUUUGACUUAUAAACAUUUACCGUCCAUUGUCUGUUGUCCUUUUUCCAUUGCCUAGUUAUUUUGUUUUGCAUUCAUUUUUACUACCUUCCGCCUCAGUUUUAACCGUUAAACGCUUGGUAUAUAAAUCAUCGCUUCAACAUGACUGAAAUCAUGGCACAAUCGGAAGAAGAAGUCCAAGAUGGAUUAGCCAGUGGUAAAAUUGAAAAACUUGAAGGUUUUGACUACCACGCUGGACGUCAUUGGAUAUAUCCGAUCAACCGAGAGAUUCGUGAUUACCAAUACUGUAUUGUCCAUCAAGCUUUGUUCAACAAUACACUUGUUGUUUUACCAACUGGUUUAGGUAAAACUCUGAUUGCUGCUGUUGUUAUGUAUAAUUUCUACCUAUGGUAUCCACAAUGUAAAAUUGUUUUUAUGGCUCCUACUCGACCUCUUGUCAAACAACAAAUGGAGGCUUGUUUUGAUAUUGUUGGAAUACCCCGAGAAGACAUUGUCGAGUUAACAGGACAUACAACUCCAUUUAAACGACAGGAUGAAUGGGAAACCAAGAGAUUGUUUUUCUUGACUCCACAAGUCAUGCAAAAUGACUUAUUUUUGAAUGAUUAUUGUCCUGCCGAAAAAAUUAAAUGUAUUGUUGUUGAUGAAGCUCAUAAAGCAACUGGUGGAUAUGCAUAUACUCGAGUUAUUGAGGAAGUUCAUCGUAGGAAUAAUCAAUUUAGAGUAUUAGCUUUAUCUGCUACACCCGGAAAAGACCUUAUUCAUAUAAAACAAGUGCUAAAAAAUUUGCUUAUUUCUAAAAUUGAAUUUCGUUCGGAAGAAUCCCUGGACGUUCAAAAAUACACACAUAAUCGUCGAGUUGAAACUAUUGUGGUCCAAUUAGAUGAAGAGCUUUCAUAUUAUCGUGAUCAGUUGCUCAAAAUCAUUGAAGAAAAUUUGAAAACUUUGGUUAAACGUAGAGCUAUCAAUGGCUAUGAUCUCAACCGCAUUUCUUCAUUUUAUUUAUUGAUGCAAAAGAAAAACUAUGAAGCUGGACAACACAAUAUACCUAUUGGCCUAUUGAACUCAGUUCGAUUCACAUUCGCUAUAACCACUAGUCUUGUCUAUGCUUUAGACUUACUUAAAAAUCAUGGACUACGAUCAUUUUAUAACCAUGUUAAAGGAAAUCGUGGGGAAGAUGGUACUCCUAAGAAACAUUUCAACUUAGCUAAUAUAUUGAAAAAGAACACUAUUUUACAAGGAAUUAUGGAUGAUUUAAAGACAAAAUUUGAACCUGAUGGUAACGUAACUUUUAGCGGCAAUCUUGAAGGCACUAUUCACUCAGUACCUGGUCAUCCAAAACUAGUUAAAUUGCAAGAAAUUGUGUUGAAUCACUUUGAGAAAGAAGGAGAAGACACAAGAAUUAUGAUUUUCAGUCAAUUUCGUGCCAGUGUCGAUGAAAUAACAUGCUUGCUGCGACAACAUGAACCUAAAAUUAGACCAGUUCAGUUUGUUGGUCAAAGUAGUGUUAAAAGAAAAGGUUUCUCUCAGAAACAACAAUUGGAAGUAAUCAAUCGUUUUCGUGAUGGUGAUUUUAAUGUGUUAGUAGCUACCUGUGUUGCUGAGGAAGGAUUGGAUAUUGGUAAUGUUGAUCUCAUCAUUUGUUACGAUGCCAAUAAGUCUCCAAUCCGAUUAGUUCAACGUAUGGGUCGAACUGGUCGAGCUCGCGAAGGGAGAAUCAUUGUUCUUGCAACAGCAGGUAAAGAGGAAGAGGCUUUCAAUGAUAGUGUUUAUAAUAGAAAAAGAGUUGCAACUAACUUAUUGAGUGGAAUUAAACAAGAAGACUUGUUUCAAGGGAAUAUUAGACUAUAUCCUAAGGGACUGAAACCAAAUUGUCGCAAAUUACAUCUUGGAAUCAGGAAAGAGACUGAAGAAACUGGUUGUAAUGAUGAAGAGAGGGAGAAUGAAUCUAAUGGGGCGAGACUGGAAAAGGAAAAAAGUACAAAGAAGCGACGGAGCUCAACAAAAGAAGUUAAAAGAAAAAGCACUGAAAGUACGAGAUCUUCUGUUGGUAGCACAGCCAAAAAACGUAAAAAUCGAUUCAUUUUCCAAGAUGAUGGUGAUGAUGAAUUAGUUGCCCAUGUUUCAGAUGAUGAAACCCCUAAAGUUAAGCAAAAAGGAAAACGUUCUUCUAAGUCUCCAAAUGCAGUUAGUUCUUCAAAAAGAAGAAAAAAAGAACAAAAGAAUGAUAUUGAUUCUACUGAAGGUUUAGAAGAUUUAAAUAUGUCUGAAGAUAAAGAAGAUGAACCAAACUCAAGGAUAGAGUCAGCGUCAUCGUCUUUCAAUGAGAUACCAGCAGAGAAACAACCUGAAACAAUCCCUAGUGAUGAUGAAAUCUAUCGAUUAAGUGAUUCACCUUGUUCACCUGAAAGGCAACAUAAAAAUCCCAAAAGAUCCUCAAUGGAUGACAAUCCUGAUGAUUUCGACAAUCUUGACGAUUUCGAUGAUUUCGACGAUUAUGGGGACUUCGAUGGUUUAGAUGAAAACGAGAUGAUCAGAGAAAUAAAUGCUUCUCAAGGCAAACCUGAUAACGGAAUUAAUGAAAAUUCGAAUACGAAAACGACAGAUGACUUAUCACCAUCCUACUCCACGUCACCCAAAGAGUCACCACAAACGAAUCCUACCUUUUUUUCAUCUUUGAGUAUGACUCAGAUUAAACAAAAGCCAAGUUCUUCUCAGGUCGAAGAGAAAGGAUCGAAAUCAGUGCCAGCAAAGCGCAGUAAAUGGGCUGAAUUUGAAUCAGGUGACGACUCUUAUGAUUCUCUGGAUUACACUCCUUUGUAAAUAAUAAUGGCAAUUGCCAAAAGUUGAUUUUUUUCAUAGAAAUUUAAAUUUUGUUUAACACCGAUGAUUUACCAAUAAAAUGAUUGUGAAUAUUAACAUCAA